UUGUACAAAUUAAGAAUAACAUUCGUAAGCAAUGAUUAUUACAGUAUUAAGUUAUCAUGAUUAUCAGAAAAAGAGUUCUUUUAUGCAGUCGUUAACAUAGUUUUCAGAAGAGAAUUAUAAGUGGACUUUUAACUAAAUGAUCUCUAAAUUACUGAAUGAAAUUGAAAAUUUUACUAUAACCCUUUCAUUUUGGUAAACACAUUCGUUUUCAAACUCAUUCAAGAAAUUUUUUUUUUUUUUUUUUUUUUAAAUUGAUCAACAUGACAAAAAGGCGGAAAAAUACUUGCAAAACCACUGUUUGUUCUAAAUCUGUAAAGGAUUUGACGGAGUGAUUCGGGAAACUUGCGCUGAAGCAUUGUAUUUUUUUAAAGAAAUUCCAUUAUUAUUAUUUUCUCAAAAAGAAAAUUUCUUUAUUUCAGGGAAACAAUAUGUAGCUGAGGUAUUAAAAUAAAAUUAUGUUAACAUUACUUGAAUAGAUAGAAAACAAGUGAAGUUUGUCAUAAAUGCAAAAAGUUCCAUCGAAGAAGACAACAGAUUUCUUAAAACUUUGUAUUGUAACUGUGUAAAAAUAAAUGUAGAGACAAUGAUCGUUUAUCAGCUGAUGUUGAUCUCUCAGAUGUGCACGCAAAUCUUCAAAAUUUAAAUUGGACGCUUAUUAUAUAAUGUUGAAUUGAUCGGUGGGAAUGUUAUGUCUUUUAACUACUGUAUAGUAAAGCAUUAUGUCAUUCAUACAAUAACUACCUUCAUUUAGUUAGCAGUGAGGCAAAUGCAUAUAAUGAAUGUUUAGAGACCAAUAUUGAUGCAGUUGUAGAAGGGGACUGACUGUGUAACAAGACGUUCCUGGAACUUGCAUAUGUAUUAACACACAUGUGACAAAAUGUUUGCCUGUGAUGUUUGUAGCAAAUCAUUUACACAGAAGUCAAGGUUGAAUUUCCAUGCACGUGUUCACACUGGUGUGAAGCCAUAUCCAUGUAAAGAAUGUAACAAAUCAUUUACUCAGAAGGGUAGUUUGAAAAAUCAUAUGCGUAUUCACACAGGUGAAAAACCGUAUCUGUGUGAUGUAUGUAACAAGACAUUUGCCCAGAGAGGAGCAUUACGGGUGCACAUAAAUACGCACACUGGUGUGAAACCUUAUGUAUGUAGUAUCUGCAAUAAGGCAUUCACACGAACUACUAUUUUGAGAACUCAUUUGCGUUUACACACCGGUGAGAAACCACAUGCAUGUGAUUUAUGUAAUAAAUCUUUUACACAAAAGUCAGUUUUGAUGAAUCACGUGCGUGUCCACUCAAAGGAUAAACCUAAUGCUUGCACUAUAUGUACCAAGUCAUACAAACAUAAGUAUAUGCUAAUGAAUCAUAUGCAUACUCACUUGGGUGAAAAACCUUAUGCUUGUAAUAUAUGUACCAAGUCAUACCUACAUAGGUCUCUGUUAAUGAAUCAUAUGCGUAUUCAUACAGGUGAAAAACCUUUUGAGUGUAGUGUGUGUAAUAAGUUAUUUGCUCAAAAAAAUGAUUUAAAGAUGCACAUGUUUAGCCAUACAGAUGAGAAACCCCAUUUAUGUACAGUAUGUAAUAAAUCUUUUGCAAAAAAACGUACAUUACGAGAGCAUAUGUUUACACAUAUGGGUCAGAAACCUUACUCAUGCAAUUUGUGUAGUAAGUCCUAUGCUCAGAAAAGUGCUCUGAAAGUACAUAUGUUUAAGCACACGGGUCUGAAGCCAUAUGCUUGCAAUGUAUGUAGUAAGUCAUUUGUACAUAAAAGUGUUUUACAGAUGCAUAUGAAUAGCCAUGCAGAUACUAAAGCUCAUGUCUGUGAUAUAUGUAAAAAAUCAUUUACAUUAAAAUGUGCAAUGAAAAAACAUAUGUUAAUUCAUACUGGCCAGCAACUUUACACAUGUGAGAAGUGUAGUAAAACAUACAAGUGGAAGAGAGAUUUGCAGAAACAUUUGAUGGAUCAUGUUGAUGAAAAACCUCUUACAUUGUCUGCAGACAAUCAUUUGCACGUGAAAUAAAUUUCAGAUUAUUCAUUAUCUAUGCAAAUUAAUGCUGAUAAAAUAGUUAAGUCAUAUAUAACCAAUAAUGUGAGAACAAUUAUGAAAAAUGAAUGCAUAAUUUAAAUAAAAAGUGUAUCUUUAUCAAAAAAAGAUGCCCUCAUAAUAAAAAAAUUAUUAGUUAUUGAUUGUUACCAUGUUAAGAUCGUUACCAUGAUAAUAAAUAAAAUUGUUUCCAGUACCCAAA